GGUGUGUCAAGAGCUAUAUAGGACAGAUCCCCUAGGAGGAUAGGAUAGUCUGGUGACAAUAUAUGGUUAGGUGAAGUACCAACCUCAGCUCUGAGAACAGAGUUGUCCCUGUGGAGAUUUACAGCAACUGAGUUAGAUGCUGACUUCUUUUGCAGAUUUUACUUUUAGACAGAGACAGGAUUUCAGGAACCCAGCCCUUCAGCUCAAAAUGAUUCUCAUGUCCAAAGCGGUGUAUUUGUGAGAAGCAAAUUCCUGAUCCCCCUUCAAAUGGGAAGAACAUAGACAUUAUCUCUGUUUCUAUCUAGGUCCCUGACACCAAGCAAGCUGUGUCUGCCUUAGUGUAUGCAAUUUGGUUAUAUUUUCCUUUCUUCCUAGUGUUUAAAUAGUUACAUGCAGGAACUGUUCAUUCUUAAGCAGUUACUGAGUGUUUCCUACACAUCAGUUGAUAAAAAAUAACCAGAAAUCAGUACCUGUAAGGAACACUGUUGGAGGCUGGUUAAGAUACAGAAAGAUGUAAAGUAAUGUGAUAUUUUGCAAGAGCUACUAAAGAAAUAGAAAAGAGCAAGUAGUUUCUCUGCCCAGAAGCAGCAAAAGGAGAGGAAAGAGAUCUGUGAAUUCUAGGUACUGGUUUGGGCAUAUAGACAUGCCAUUGCAGUGAUCCACAGUGGACUAGUCAAUGAAGAGACUUUUGUAUAACUAACCAGGCCUCUGUGUGUAUGUGUGUGUGUGUGUGUGUGUGUGUGUGUGUGUGUGUGUGUGUGUGAAUCCCCCACCGCCUAAGAACCACACCUCAGAGGCCUUAUGUUUAAAGCAUAUGGGGUUUGGAGGUUUUAAGCCUUGAGCCUAAAAUGACUAAAAACCUUCCACAUCUAUCUAUGUGCCCAGAGCUAGAAAGUCUGCAGAGAAACAAUUUAGGAUUCAUCAGCAUAUGUGCUAGACCAAAGAGAGGAAGCAAUGAAUUUACCAGUUUUAAAAAACAGAUGGGUUUCAAAAAAGAAAAAAAAAAUCACCACAAUUCCUUUUGUUAUAGAAAGAACAUUUUCUUAUGAUUCUUCUUCGAGGGCCUGGUAACAACAAACAUACUAGCAGUAAGGAUGCCAGUUAAUUUCGCAGGGCACUUUCUGGUAUAACUGUAUGAAGCAGAUGGCCACUUGCAAAACUGAGCAAACUGUGCUGGAUCCAAGGGGAUUCAGUUUGGGUACCAAAAAAUCCUAACAGAAAGCAAAGGCCGAUCUUAAGGGGCCUAUAGAAAUGGGUGUCCAGCAGAUCCCUCAGGCCACCCUGUGAGCUGCAUGUCCAGCAGAGCUUUGGGGAGGGGUGUGCUGGGACCCACUGACCUCAGUGAGAAAGCUCGGCAGCAUCUUCAGACCAAAUUUCACAGGAUCUCGCUUCUGGGUGGGCUGAAAUACAAAACAGCGACUAGACUCAGAAAUGACAUCCCGAUUCCACACAUCCCAAGUCGGCCUCUCCAGUCAACCAAAUUUUUUGGAACCCCUUUUGCUGCAGUUUUACAUAACUGUAGAUUAGAGUCCUCCUGGGAUGAUUAGAUUCCAGGCUGACCCUUUCUCUCUUCAUAUUUGAAUUCCAUUUUCUCUUCCUCGGGUCUUCUGUCCACUUAGCCUUAAUUAAAUGCCUUCCAGAAGCCUUCACGCUGCAAGAGACAGAGAUGCAAAGAUUUCGGUAUCUAAAAGCGUUAUUUUGGAAAAUGAAUUCUCCCAGAGACGAUGGUAUAUCGAUUUUUUAAAAUUAAAAUAAGAAAAAGAAAACACAAAGGUAGGGCUACGAGGGACCGGUAGAGGGCAGAGACGAGAGAAGAAAAAAGGAAAAUGACGCAAUGUUGAGAGCUGGGACGGUCUAGCAAGCUUCCCGCCCGCGCGCUUUCUGUUUUCAAUCUGGUCCGAUCCUUUUGUAUAUCAGUGGAGAGCCUCCCUCCCCAAGGCUCAGGCUGGUUUCUCAAACUGUGCUUAGCAUGUCUGGUAGAGGAAAGGGUGGCAAGGGCUUGGGCAAGGGGGGUGCCAAGCGCCACCGCAAGGUUCUGCGGGACAACAUCCAGGGCAUCACCAAGCCUGCUAUCCGCCGCCUAGCCCGGCGUGGCGGGGUUAAGCGCAUCUCCGGCCUCAUCUACGAGGAGACUCGCGGCGUUCUGAAGGUGUUCCUGGAAAACGUCAUCCGGGACGCGGUCACCUACACAGAGCACGCCAAGCGCAAGACCGUCACCGCCAUGGACGUGGUGUACGCGCUCAAACGCCAGGGCCGCACCCUCUACGGCUUCGGAGGUUGAGCCGUACUCCGU